AUGUGUUUGGUUUGGUGACGGCGGCUGAGCAAUCUGUUGACAGCACAGACAGCAGGAGCGUCUCCUCCGCGCUCAGGAUUUCCAGCGGUGCGCUCGGUCCGGGAUGUCCGUACCUCUCAGGUCAGGAUUAACGGCAGAACACUGGCACUUUCCGGACACGACAUUUGCAGUGAUGACCUCGAACAUGCAGCUGCCUUGGUGAUCUUGCUGUUGCACAGAGUGAAGAAGUAGAGGCUCUGCCAUAACACCCUGUCUCUAUGAAAUAAUAGAAAGAAGAAACACACCAGCGUAAACAAAUGUGACCAUGUACAGCGUGGAGGACCUCCUCAUCUCCCAUGGGUACAAGGUGCCAAAGCAUAGUGCCUCCUCUCCCUCUACCCCAGUUCCCACGUCUUCAUCCCAGCAGGCACCCUCAUCCUUACCACCAUCCUACAUCAAACACAUUGAAGUCCUGGAGAACCGGCCCGGGUCCAGGUCCGUGAACGGCAAUGAAAGAGGGUCUGGGUUCUCAUAUGGGAGCAGUAGCAGAAUUGCUGAGCCACAGGCAUACAGUGGCAGUUCUCCCAACAACAACAGUGAAUGCAGGGAUAGGAGCCAGUCCAGCAGGGAGAGCGAGGGUCGAAUCCAGACUGACACACACUCCUUGGGAGAGUCACUGACUUCUGACAGCGGGUUCUGUGAUGGCACCAGAAAUUCACAAUGGCAGUCCAAGGAUGUGUCCUACUGGAGGCGCCGAGGCCAAGACUUCACUGUACUGUUGGACUAUGCUGACUUCAGAGAUGCCUGUAGAGGAUGUCAAAGAAGUUACAACAGGUUAGAUGGGUCUCAACAAGCAAGAGGCCAAGAAGUAGCUUCAGUGGAGCAUCAGAGGGCUGCCCAAGACAGGCAGCGCUUGGGAGGCCAGGUUCAAGCCCAGGUUCGAGCCCAAUCUGGAGAAAGAGAUGCUGCUCUUAACCAGUGGAAAAUGGUUGCUGAGAGGAAAUGCCAAAACUUAGCCACAGAUGAGUGGCGUCCAACUGUGGACUUUGGAUGCCAGCUAUCACAGACUGAGGGUGAACGGUGGGCACAGGAACAGCAACGGUUCCAUGCCAGGACACCAGUGGGCAUUGUGGUCCACCCAAAGACCAAAGACAAAUCCCAGUCUCUGCCUCGGGUGUUGCAACCUGACAGCCUGCAAUAUGUUGACAUGAGGUCAUCCGGUCAGGAGCUGUAUAAGCGGACCAAUGGACACCCCGUGUAUUAUCACAAUCUUUACAGGGCAGCCCGUUGGCCAGAUAAUGGCAGGCCAGCUAGUGCUACCCAGCUCUCAAUGACACCAAAGACCCGCUUCACCAGACCCCCCAAACCUCCAUCUUAUGAGAUGCACCAGCAGAUCAGGGGAAGCUGUGAGGUGCUGUCUGGCAGAGACUCAGCCAUUCCCUAUGAGAGAAGCAGAACGCCAUGUCCCUUAUCCAGGUCUCAUCACCCCCAACUGGACUAUUUUGCACAAGACUCUGGACCUCCAGGAUACAUCCCUCCUCCAUCAUAUAAGAGAGCCCCGAUAAUGAGAGGGAGACAUCAGGGCUGCAGGGAAAUUGCUGUUAACUACAGGUACAGAGGAGAUAUGUACCAGCAGAUACAGAUGGCCCCAGAUGGAUCUCACUGGGUCAUCAGACAUCCUACAAGUUUCUGGCCUGAUAUGCAGAGAGAGAGGAGCACAUCCAGUCAGAAGCAUCUUUACCCAGUGUAUACAAAGAAUCACCCUGGUGGGGGGAUCCAGUAUAUUCCUUUUGGUGAUCCCUCGAUCCGCCAUAUAUCUUCAUCCCUCAGUGGGAACUCUCUGACUGAUGCUGACAAGAUCCGCCACAUACGCAAUGAGCUUCCAAGUGUCACCGUGUCAGAGCCUGCAUCUGUUGACAGUGCCUUUUUGCCCCCACCAUUGGGGACUUUCAUCUCUGCCAAAAUGACAGGUGAUAUUAACCAGACAUCUUCUAAUGACUUUGACAAUGCCAGUAGCAGGUGGCAUGGUGAUUUGCACAAACAAACUGUUGAUAACUUUCCAGCAAUUGAUCAAAACUGCAACAACACAUACUCCAAAAACCACCAUUUUUUUCCAUCAAACUCUUCAGCCUUCCAAGCUCCAACAAGAAAGUCUUCAUCCCACCAGGGAUCAAGUUCAGAGCAGGUUUUUACAGAAACAAUUACCCAUGUAAAGAAAAUUGACCCAGAUUUAGGGCCAGAGAACAACAGGAGCACGAAAAGAAAAGUGAGUGAGACAAUUUUCUGCCUUGUGUCUGUACCUGUUCAUACACCAAUCAAUGUCAUUAAAGACUCAUCAGCAGAUCAGAACAACAAUGAAACAAUAUCAAGCCUGACUGUUACCAAAAUGGAGAAAUUUGCUGUAGGACUCAAAGAGGGCCAGAACCUGCGAAGCAAGUCUGUGACGGAGAUGCCUAUUAGAUCCCACUAUUCUCACUUUCACACCAGCAGCUCUCCUUCAGUGAGGAACUACAAGAGGGCUCCUCUGAGGAAGGAGAUAAUAGAUGCUUGGGCACUCCAAGCACGUGAAGACAAAGAAUUGUGUUAUGCUGGCUCUUUGCCUGGAAACCAGUAUCGCAACCAGGAAACCCAGACUGGCUCACCAUUGACAGUGGCAGCAAGUCCAGUCACAACCUUUGGGGAACAAACUGUUGUUCAGUCUGCCUUACACACAACCAGAGACACUGCUGUGGGUACAGAUAGUACCUCAUCUUAUGACUACACUAUGGCAGGUCAGAAUAACCUUCAUCCCUCCAGUAACAGCGCCUUCUCUCGUCUCAGUCUCAGCCCACUGCAGUUGCCAUCAGUGCAAGUUGUGCAACCAGAAAUGUCUUCCCCAAUAAAGGUCAAGAAUCAGGGUGACCCACAGCCAUUGUCACCUAAGAAGAGUACCUCCAGUCCCCCAGAGAAUGCAGAACAAGUUGCCUUUGGCCAGUUCCUUCUAAAACCAAUGAAUCGACGGCCCUGUGAUGCUAUUGGUGAGCUGGAGUGCAUCAACAAGGAGCUCCAACACAGGAUUGGCAAGAGAUCCAAUUUAGCCCGUUGCACCAAGGAUCUUGAUGAGAUGUAUAAAAAAUUAGAUUGGUAUCAGUUCAGAGUGCCAUCACACAACACAGCACACUUUACUGCUGGUCCCGAACCAGGCAGGAAAGCAGUCAGUCUUCUGCACAUAAAUAAACCCAAAAUUAUGAAAGUUAGGUCAGAAUCUUUGGUUUUUUCUACAGAUUUUGACUGUUUGGGCUUAAAGAGUGCUAUGCCUGGGCCACAAGCCAACAUCACAUCAUCAAAGAAUGAGGUAUCACCACUUCACAACCCAGACAGUUACCUCCUGUCCUCACCACCCUCACACAAGUCACACAAGCUCUACAAACCAGACAUACCAGUCCCUCAGGAGUCCCUGCUGAGGAACGUGGGUCUAACGGUGUACACAGAGACUCCUGGUCAUCCUGGAGAACCAAUGCAGCGCUCACUGUCGCUACCAUCUCCACUCGAUAUGCAGGCUGUGCAACAAUCAUGUAAGAAGAGAAGACCACUUGUUAAAAACAGAAGCAAUCCUGAGCACAGUUCACAUGAAGGGUUUCAACUUGAGAAAGAGAUUGGGAAACAGGUUAAUAUAGACAGCAUACCUCAAUUCAGAGGUGAGCUGAAUUUUAAUGUCUGUGGGACCCUGAGUGAAAAUGGAUCAUUUAACAGUGCAGGUUCACCACAUACCAACAGGCUAACUGUCGAGACUGCUGAGGACAAUGAUGGUGGGGAGGAAAGUUCCAAUAUCUCUGAACCUCGAACCUAUAGCAAUGAAUCAACAGUUGCAGAUAAACAUUUGGAGAACUUACUAAUUCAGGAAAAAGUCAGUGUUUCACAUGCAGAAGAUUUAAGUAACUUGUUUGAGGUCAAAUCCGCAGAAGGCAUCCCUGAAAAUGAGUCAGUUGAGCAAAGGGCAGCCAGAAUCUUGGGUAUCGCCAUUCCAGUAGAGGCAUUGUGUGUGACUGACAAACAUACAGAGCACACUCAAACGGAUACAGACACCACAGCAGCCAAGAUGCACAGUGCAAGCAAAGAAACACAGCAGUUGAUAAGACUGGAUGAGCAAGUGCUAAAGGACACAUUGAUUGUUCAGGGAGCAGAAAUUGAUGAAGUUAAGGAGAGCGAAUUGGGUAUAGACUAUGAAGAUCAAAGAAGAAAGCACAGCAACACUCCUUGCAAUAAUGUUGAAAUCACCCACCAUAUUCAGGAGACCCAGUCAACAGUGGCAUUGGACCUGCCUGAGUUCCCACCCACCAGUCUUCCCCUUUCUCUGCCUGUCAUCCCAAAUGGAAAGCGAGGACUGAGCAUGUGCAGUGAGGAAAAUUGGGGGCAAAGUGUAGCAUCCAAACUCACUGAAUCCUUGCCAGAGAAGCCAAGCUUUUCAUCAGUGACACCGCUAAGUCGGUCAACCCCUGAUAGUAUCAUCACUCUUAAAGUGGUGGAAUCAGUACCUUCAAUAAGACACCUCAGUCAUAAAAGUUCUGACUCUGAAGAAGAAGCUGAUCCGAAGGAAAGAGACACAGAGGAGUGUAGACGUCAGGAACAGACAUUGCAGGACAUCCUGAAGAAAAAAAAGGAUGAAGAUAGGAAACUGUUAAAGGAAACCAAAGCUGAAAGUAACUGUAAGUGCAAGGAAGAAAAUAAUGUGGAGAUAUGUAAGAACCAGCAAAGAGAAGAAGAAACCAUAGCAAAUGCAAAUGUAGGAAUUGCACUAAAUGCACAAAGUGAGAAGAGCAACAAAGAAGAGUUAGAUGUAAAAGUGAAGUUAAAAAUUGCAGAGGAUGACACAAAAAAGACUGUGGAGACAGUGAGAGAUGGACAGAAAACAGAACAGGUCUAUAGAGUUGAAGCAACACAAGACACUGAGGGGAAAGAGUUGCCCAAACCAAAGCAGCGCACAAGGCUCAGGAAGCCUCCACUGCUUCCAAAACCUCGCACAGUUUCCAAGGCAGAAGUACCAGUCGCACUUAUCUUCAGCACUGGUUCUUGCGGUCAUGUAGAAGAUGAGGAGGUGCUCUCUGUCUCAGACUCUUACGACCCCAGUCGGGUAGAGAGAGUGUAACAUCUGACACUGCCUUUACCCUCAUUGAAAUCUGUCUUUUUUAACAUUAGCAGCCUUUUCCAGCAGCAAAGCGUUUAUUUCAUCUCCUGGCUUAGUCUGAUGAAGUCAGUCUCCACUUCUCUGACACAGUGACAAAUUGCUUCUCAAUAAAAUGACUGUCUUGGUGCUGCAAGAGCAUUUUUACAGCCAAAUAACGGUACUCUUGGUACUACGUCUGUGGGGCGUUUGUAGCUUCUCAUCCGUCCUUUUCUGAAGAUCACUUCAGUAUUGUUACCCUCAAGCAACAAACUUUAUCCUAUUGAGACCAUCGUAUAUUUUUGGGAAAAAAAAUGAUUGCAUUACCCCAUCUGUAUUUAGACUGUUGAGCAUUGGUUUUGAAAUAUGAAUGUAACUGUUUUUUUUUCCUCAAACAAAAGUAUUAUAUAACAUGAAAGCAAAUAGUGGAAACAGUAUUGCAUUACAAUCAGUAUUAACCUUCACCAAGUGUACGUGACAGAGUUCUAAGUUUUAUUUAGUCUAUAAAAUGUAUUGAAGACAUUUAUUUGCUGAAUAAAUGUAUAUUUUCAUAUCUAUGUUUAAAAGAGAGUAGAUUUUUUGAAGCAUAGUCUCUGAGUGUGUUAGUUUUAAUGAAAGUUCCCACUCUUUAUUCUUGUACUUGUGUUAUGGGAAUGUACUCGGGGAGUCUGGAAUGCAAAGAGAAAACACUGUGGUCCUUGACUAGUUUCACUCAAAAGCAAUAUAGGUGUUAUACGGGACUUUUUAUGACAUGAUUCAUGUAGCAAGUUAGUUACCUGUGCAAGAGUCUGACCUCAUUUCCAUGUCUGCUUCAUUGUUCUUUAGUGUUCGGUUUGCACUGCUGAGAUGACAACUUGUUUUAUUUCUUAAACAUCCAGUAUCCCACGCUUGCACAAAUGAUACGUGGUGUGAUAAUGUCCUCCUCACUUUCUCCUGCUCAUUUACUCAGCAUUUGCAGUGUGAUUCAGUUUUAGAUGUUUGUGUUUUCAAUCAUAGUGUUGAAGAAGAAACUGAAGGUCCAUAAAUAUUUAGAUGUUGGUAAACACUUAUUUCAGCGGUAUACCACAGGAAUCGAGAUUGGAAGCGAAUACACAUCCUGUGCUGCUGACAUCAUUAGGUCACAUCAUCACUGUCUUUCCUCAGGGGACACAUGGUGAAUUCAUGUUCACAACAUGACUGCAGUCAGUAUAGACAAAA